ACCACUAUUAUUGUCUUUCUGUCUUUAGCCUUCUAUAACGUUCUUGUGCUUUUCUGUAUUAUAUUUGGUACAUUUAGGCGCUAUUCUGGGCUUUAUUUCUGGGCUUUUGUGACGUCGACCACUGGCAUUGCCCUGUCUUGCUCUGGCUUCAUGAUUAAGUUCUUCAGCCCAAAGUCGCUUGGCUACUUAUCGUGUACGCUUAGUUUGGCGGGGUGGGUGUGCAUGGUUACCGGCCAGUCGCUGGUGCUUUGGUCACGGCUACAUCUGGUGAUGCGGAAUCCAGGGCUCCUUAGGAUCAUACUGUGGAUCAUCAUUGUCGACGCUAUUGUCUGUCAUGGCACCGUUAUCCCGAUGGUGUAUGGUUCGUUUUCCAACAACCCCGAAAUAUUUGCAAAGCCGUACUCCAUCGCCGAAAAAAUGGAAGUCAUCAUCUUCUUUCUACAAGAAGUUAUGAUAUCCACCUUUUACAUUAUUGAGACAGUCGGCAUUAUGAGAAUUGAAAACUUUCUUGGAAACCAUCGAUCAAGUCGAAGAUUGAUGCAGCAUCUUGUUAUUGUUAACAUUCUCGUCAUACUUCUUGAUAGCACUAUCAUAAUACUCGAGUUCGCAAACCUAUACGACUACCAAAUAUCAUACAAGCCAUUCGCCUACAGUGUGAAACUACAACUUGAGUUCACUGUACUGAAUCGCUUAGUGGAUAUAGCAACUCGCAGAAAAGAACCAGAUAGCAGUCAACGAAGUCGAGAUCUUUACAUUUCGAAGAAGAAUACUACUGGUCCAGUGUUG